AUGGCGGAACCCGAUGCGCAGGAGGCGGUCGAGCUUUUCCAGGAACUUCUCGGGAACCGUCGCCACCGCGAGGACCUGCAGGCACCGUGGAUUUCAGAAUUGCGCAGCCGUGCAGAGGGGAAAGUGAAGCACUCUGUGCAGGCGGAUCUGCGUGGCUACACUGCGGCCAUUGCGAGCUGCAAGGCCGCCGGCGCAUGGCAGGUGGCUGUGCAGAUCUUGCAAGACAUGGAAGUCGCUUCUGUCACGCCUGAUGUCAUGACCUACAACGCCGUCAUGUCAGCAUGUGAGAAGGGCCGUGACUACGACGCCGCCGAUCGUGUUUUAUCAGAGAUGUCUAAAUGGGUGACCUACGGCACACUGAUUGCAGCCUGUGGAUGGGGCCUGCAAUGGCAAACAGCCAUGUCCUACCUGAGACGCGCGCAGGAGACUUACUUCAGCUUCGACAUGUUCGCCUGCACUGCUGCGAUCAGCACGUGCGCGAAGGCAAGUCAAUGGGAGCUCGCCAUCUCGAUCUUGAACGAGAGGGGUCGGCAACUGAAGGGUGCAAAUGUCAGGACUUACAAUGCAGCCCUUAGCGCUUGCGCGGCGGCGGGGAAGGUGGAGCUGGCCCUGAUACUGAUGGAGGAGAUGCAGGAGUCGGGGAUCACUCCUAACCUGAUGACAUAUAGAUAUCUCAUCCAGUCCUGCGAAGAUUCCGGCAGCUGGGAGCUGGCGCUGGAUCUGACGGCUGAGAUGCAGAUGAUGGACCUCGAGCCAAAGCAGCUCAUUUUCGGCUCUGUGGCUGCGGCAUGCAGAAGAGCCGGGUUGGAGAAGCUGGCGGCCGCCUACGACUGGAAGGUCCGGCGAUGUUUGUGA